AUGCCUCCAAAACAACAAUUAUCUAAGGCUCAAAAGGCCGCCGCCGCCAUGGCUGGUGGUAAGAAGUCCAAGAAGAAGUGGUCUAAGAAGUCCCACAAGGACAAGGCUCAACACGCUGUUAUUUUGGACCAGGAUAAGUACGACAGAAUCCUAAAGGAUGUUCCAACUUACAGAUACGUUUCUGUCUCUGUUUUGGUUGACAGAUUGAAGAUUGGUGGAUCUUUGGCUAGAGUUGCUUUGAGACACUUGGAGAGAGAUGGUAUCAUCAAGCCAGUGUCCAAGCACUCCAAGCAAGCUAUCUACACCAGAGCUACCGCUUCUGAAUAA